AUGCCUCGCAAAGAGCCCAUGAGCAUCCAUCUUCCGCCAGAAGUUAUACAUAUAAUCACAGGUUAUCUUGUGGCUGAAGACCUUGCAGCGGUGUUCAGUCUCGCAAGGGCUAGCAAAACCUACUACGCUUACUGUCAACCAGCUAUCCAGCAAGCUGUCAAGUCCAUAAAAUUCCACGACAUCAAAAUAGCGGUUCCUAGGCCCAGACGAGAGGUAGAGCUCAAAGGAAUUGUGAAACGCCUUAUAAAACGACUCGAAGCUGCUGACGGUUUUGGCUGUGUCCGUCGGGUUUUCGUCGCACACCCCAAACUCCUUCAGCCGCAGCAGUCGCGUUUAAGAGCCUAUGAGGAAGAAGAUGAAUGGAAACCACCCUGCCUGUCCACCCUGCUAUCUUCUAGUCAGGCGGCUAACCAUACGACACAGUAUGGACAAUGGCAGGAAACCCCUUUAAGUCGGCACCCACGCCACUAUGGGGAACCUGACCGGGAUCUCUCGGACGAUCUGUACAACCCUGUUGUGAAGUUAAUCAAAAUACUUCCCAACUUAACAGAUCUCAUUUGGACCUGGUCUAAUUGCAUGCCACCAUGCAUCCUUGAUACUUUACGCCGAGAUCAACCGCAAUGCCGCCUCCUUUUAGAUUACUUUUUCAACAGCCCUGUUUUAAUUAGAGGAAAUCGCAGAGUCCCAUUGUAUGACAGAGUGGAUCACAGAUGGUAUAGCAGACACUGGAGAGAAAAUAUAGAUGUCUUGUGGCAUAGCGCGCCUUCGCUUCACUCAAUCAGCAUUGGUAUUAACUGCGAACCUCCCUGCGAAAAUCUUCAACGACGAGAGACAUUGUUGCGAGCUGUAACUAGCGCGCCGAAUCUCAAAGACCUUCGCUUCAGGAGAAAUGAAAAAACCCCUGUCAUACCAUCAGGAAGCGAAUAUCCGUCUGAAAAACUUUCAUUGGAAACCCUCCAUUUCGAGAGCAGAUUGGACUUUCAUGGGGAUACGCUGUACGGGUGGAGUCACUAUACAGACUUUUUAACCUUGCAAACUCUUAAAAUUCAUGGUCGAUUGAAUAACGACGUAUUCGGUAUAUGGGAUCGGGCGAAUCUCUCAUUUCCAUCUUUGAGAACUCUGAGCUUGAACAUUGGUUCCGAUUCUUUGCGAUCAGCGGACUUCUACAACUCUGCGAACAGCUUUCUCCACUCUCUGCCUCCUUUGACUGAUCUUGAAUUGGAAGGAUGGCACUCCCUUAUUAGUAUAGACUCCCUCGUCGCCUAUCAUGGGCCCCACUUGCGCAAGCUCAAGCUCUCGAAUCCGGCAGCAUGGCAGUUCGUGAAUGAAGAGGAGAUCCGGCUAAUCGAUGGAGGAUGUCCGUCGCUAGAAGAAUUGGGAGUUCCUCUCAACCGCAGGCAAGAUGAAACUGACCAAUUUAUCUUAUACCUGGCCUUGGGAUCAUUCAAAAAUCUUAGCACCUUGCAUCUUCACUAUGAAAUCCUACCUCCUCGAAUCCAUGAGAUCUCGCGAGAGGCAAUGACUUUCUUAAGCGAGAACAUGUUGUCUCGUGCGAACAUGCUGCUCAACGAUCUAUCUUUUGACGAAUUUCAGAGUCAGCCUUGUGGAAGCGCCCGUUACAAAGAGCACCAGCUUCAAAAUGGUCAUGUGGAAAGGAUUAUCGUUGACUCUAUCGUCGAUAAAAAGCUUGCUUGCGAAAUUUUUCAAGUUAUUUCUGACGCUAAACCCCUUGAAUCGGUUAAGUUGAAAGAUGUUACAAUAUCAACGAAUGGUUCUAAUUACGGCCAUGACAUAGCCUGGAUAGUGGACACAUUUACCACAGCAUGGCACGUAAGGGAAGUGAGUGCCAAUUCGCGUGACCGGGAGACUUUGAUAGUAGCUGAGGAGCUUCAGCCGACCAAGGAGAAUUCAGGAGGAAGGAAUGGCUUUCUUCCAGAAUGGAUAGAGCCCAUAUUUCAGCGACUCUUUCCAGGAAAACAAUCUAAGGGACCUCCACGGAAAAUAUCAAAGAAAUUGGCGGCCAAGAGACAGCAGGAUGAUGAGGCUACCCCGACAUGGAGGCGUCAAUUACGUGCCGCUGUUCCUGCUUGGAGUCUUAGGUCUUCAUCAUCGUCUCAAGGAAAAGAGCGCGGAGAAAAGCGAGCAUUGCGCAGCGGGAAGGCCUCUUGGGGGAUUCUAGCAUGA